UGACGUCGGUGAUCCUGCCUUCUGAUUUGAUACUUCUGGCGAAGAAACCCACAGACUUCCGGUUUGAAAAAAUUGGACUGCUGUUUAUUCUUGUGAUCAAGCCAGAAGGGAACCACAAAACGGGACUCGUUUUAGCACUCCACCACGGUAGACAUGUCCGGGAUCGGGAACAAAUUCAGUUCUUACUCUUUGACACAGUUAAACGAAUUGCUGGAAGACGAUGAAAAGCUUAACGGUAUCGUUCAAGAAAUGGAGGAGGUGCUGGAGGUCCAGCGGUCCAAGGAGAUGACCCUGGCGGGGAACCGCACGCUGGCCGAGCAGAACCUGGAGCUCCAGCCCAGGCUGGACUGUCAGAAGAACGAGCUGACCAAGCGCUACCGCUGCCUGCAGGAGCUGUUCGAGGCCUACCAGGUCCGCAAGUCCACCCUGGAUCAGUGUUCGGGGAGCAAUUCUCUGGACACCCUGCUGGCCCUGCUGCAGGCCGAGGGAGCCAAAAUCGAGGAGGAGACGGAGAACAUGGCCGACUCCUUCCUGGAGGGGGAGAUGUCGCUGGACGCCUUCGUCGAGGGGUACCAGAGCAGCCGAAAGCUGGCGCACCUGAGGAGGGUGAAGAUCGAAAAGCUGCAGGAGAUGGUGGUGGCGGGACAGAGGGUCCCGCAGAGCCCCGCGCAGUCCGCCCGUCUCCCGGAGGCGUCCCCCGCCGCGCCCCUCUCCUUCUUCGCCGACGCCAACGGCUCCCCCGUGCCCCAGCCCCGCAGGGCGCCCCCUCCCCCGCCCGCCCAGCCCCCCCCGGCGGUCGCCCCCCAGGCCGCCCCCGGGCUCCCGUACCCCGUCACCCCCUACCCCCAGAUCCCGCCCCGGGCGGGGCAAACGGCCGGCUACCCCGCCCCCUCCGUGCCCUACUUCCCGCAGUACCCGCAGCGGCCCCCCCCUCGCCUGGCCCCCCAGCCCGGCUUCAUCAUGCAGUGAUGGGCUCCGGUCCUGCAGGCCCCCGUGCGUGUCUGAGGAUGGGGGGGGGGUGCUGGGGGGGUGCUGGGGGUUGGGGGGGGGGGGGCACAGAGCACGUCGCCCACGGAAACGCAGGGGGGCAGCACGUCGUCUUAAUCAGUCCAAACACAUCCUGCCUACAGCAGCAGCGUCUACAACAAAACUGUCCGUCUGCAGAGGGGCUGCUUCCCACCCCCGUUUCGUUAGAAUCUAAUCAGGAAGGGGGGGGGGGUUGAUUAUAGAAUCUUGCCUUUAUUCAUGUUUUAUAAGAGAAAGAUAAAGCCGGCUGGAUUUAAGUGGAUUUAAGAGCACCGUGAGGGGAAAGCUUUCCUCCUGAUGUCUGUUGAUUUUGGUUUUGUUGGUCGCGCUCUGUCUAAAGGAGCCAGAUAUGGUUCGGUAUCUGCAGCUUUUCCAAUAUUACGACUGGGAGGGAGAAAAAGCUUUAUGUGAAGCCAGGAGGCGUGGAUGACACAACAGCGACAGGACCAGGCUGAAACAUAUGCAAGCAGACAACCGAGACCUUACUGUGUGCUGUUUUUACAGACCUGCAAGAGCAAAUAACCUGUUUUUAAUGCCAUCUUAUUUGAGAGAAUUCAAACAUUUUUGAUUACCAGGUUGAUUUUACAAACCUGCAGCCAAAGAUGUUUUCAUUUUAUUUCAUUGUUUUGCUGUUGGAGUACUCAGAAAUGUCUAGUUUUUUUUGUUUGUUUUUUUUUUUAACACAUAGGUAAGACUAAGAGUACUUCUGACUAAAUGAGAACUGGACUGCUGGCUUUUAGCUGUUAGCGGAGUUAUCGAUUAGGAAUCGUCAGGAAUAGUAACUCCUCCUGUGUGUGUGUUCUUCAAGUUCCCAUUGAGCAAAACCUCUGCAGGCUUCAGACCCAUCUGUAAAGAUGCUGGGUUGCAGAUCUACAGGUUUAGGGACCUGGGUGUGUGCUUGCUUUGGAAGACAAGACUCUGAGGAAGUCAAGGCAAAGCCUGUUGGGCUGACCUGACGCGGGUGUGAGGCAUUGUGGGUAGGUCCCAGCAGCGCGCUGAUGUGGGUUGAGGGUGUGAGGCAUUGUGGGUAGGUCCCAGCAGCGCGCUGAUGUGGGUUGAGGGUGUGAGGCAUUGUGGGUAGGUCCCAGCAGCGCGCUGAUGUGGGUUGAGGGUGUGAGGCAUUGUGGGUAGGUCUCAGCAGUGUGCUGAUUUGGGUUGAGGGUGUGAGGCAUUGUGGGUAGUUCCCAGCAGCGCGCUGAUUUGGGUUGAGGGUGUGAAGCAUUGUGGGUAGUUCCCAGCAGCAGUAUGGCACUGUGUGACCCGCUGUGCCUGUUUAAGCCGCGGAACACCAUCGGACCCAACCAAGCGCAUCUGUGUCCAAGGCCAGAACCGCUCCAGAACCCCACCAGAACCACUCCAGAACCGCUCCAGAACGUGCCUGUAGCAAGUAGCUGUGCUUGGUACUGAGCACGGUGCUCCUCUCCUGUGUGUGUGUGUGUGUGUGUGUGUGUGUGUGUGUGUGCGCGCGUGUGAAUGAGCGAGCAAGCAUGUGUGUGAGCGCGUGUGUGUCUGGUCUGUGGUCUGUGUGUGUGUGCGUGCGUGUGUGAGCACCCUGAAGCCUUCAUUCUAUAGCUGGCCUCACCGCUGGCUGUACGCAUGACUCCGUUUUAUCAAGACUCUAUUUUAUCCUCGUGAAACUAAUAUGCAUAUAAAAUGUGAGCGUUUGUAUAUACGUGUGUGAUUAAGGGAGCUGACCUCAGUUAGGGCUCGUUAGAGCUGCUCAGAAGAUGCCUGACAUUUCCACCCGUCCAGUAGCGUAUGAUCCCCUCACUGUUUGAGCGUCUGCCUUUCCCUCUUCUCUUUGCACUUUCCUCUCCUCGGUCCUUCUCCCCAGUAAUUAGCGGUGACGACCCUGUAAUUAGCGCUGAUUGAUCUUGUAUUGCAGCUACUACAAGCGCCCGAGUGGGCAGCGCGUUGUCUGUCCCGCGCGGCGCAUUGUCUGUCCCGCGCGGCGCAUUGUCUGUCCCGCGCAGCUCGGGUUUCCGUGCGAAGGUACGUGGGCGUCUUGCACUGGGCUCCGUAGAGCUCCUGGAUCUCCGUGGGGGUCAGGACUGGACACCCCAGUGGUAACCAACCCUGUUCCUGGAGAUCUACCGUCCUGUAGGCUUUCACUCCAACCCUAACAAAGCCACACCUCGCUCAACAGCUAGAGAUCUCACUGAGCUGCUAAUUAGUAGAGUCAGGUGUAAUAAAUUUAAGGGUUGAAAUGAAGUGGUGUCCACUGCUGUACACAAACAGUGAUCCAAGAGCCACAUUUUUAUUUUUUUUUAGUGGGUUUUAUUUAGUUUUUACUUCCCUUUUUUUGUCCAUCAUAUGAUGUCAGUGUGGGUGCCAUUGUGGUUUUUUAAUUUCUGCUUUUUUGAGGGAGUUUCGCUUUUCGGCGUUCCCGCUAACUUUCUUUAUUUGGUCGGACCCAGCGGGGCGUCUCUUAUUGGCCCGCGGUUACGCUGCUGCCCCGCCCUUCUCCCGCGGGACGGCUCGGUUUCGACGCCCUGGGGCCCCCCCAGCACCCUUCAGCCUGGCUUCCGCCCCCAUCAGGGAGACGUCAGAAACGCUCUAAAGCAGGGCUGCCCCGCCCUGUUCCUGGAGAUCUACCGACCUGUAGUUCAGAACCGUCCAAUCCUGUUCCGGGACAUCUUGCGUCCUGUAGGCCUUCGCCCCACAACCCUAACAAAGCUGCACCUCAUUCAGCAACCGGAAAUCUCGUUGAGCUGCUAAAUAAUGGAAUCAGGUGUGCCGAAUUGGUUUUGAAAUGAGAGCCUGCCGGACGAUGGCUUUCCAGGAACAGGGCCGGGCAGCUUUUCGGUCUGAAGGAAACCCAGCAGGUCGGAUUACACAGCUGCUGUUUUUAUGAGUGUGAAAAUUCACGAAAGCUCGUUGGGGUUCCCCGUGGCGUUUUUUGGGCGAUUGUGCACCACAUUGUCCCGUUCUACAGGUAGAGUACGCCGGUCCUGUGAAUAGAGCCACUGUGUGCCUGUACUGGGGGGGGGGGGGGUGGUAGCUGGGGAGGGGAGGCGGGUCCUGUUCUGCACUGCUCCUCAGUCACACUCAGUAGACACUCCUUCUGUGAGUCGAUGGUGUUUUUAAACUCCUUCUCCUUGUUGCAGUCGAUGGUGUUUUUAAAUGUCUUGUGUUUGUGUGCAUGGGCACGUGUGUGUGUGUGUGUCUGUCUGUCUGUCUGUCUGUCUGUCUACCUCUCAUCACAGUUCAAAUCACACUGGUAAGGCUAGGCGGUGGUAAGUCGUGCUUGGAUAGUGAGGCUUCGUGAACCGCGAAAAGAACAGCGAUGUGAUUGGCUCAGUUUGACGAGGCCUUCGUGCUGUGUGGUUGGCCCCACCCAUGUUGAACUUCGUGAAGAUCACUCCCCCAUUUUUAAUGAGACGCCAGACAGGAUCUGUCUGUGUGUGAUGUCACAAACAACACUUUUCACCGAUGAUUGCCAAACUACUUGAUAAAGACUGGUGUCCCCGCCCCCCAUACGUGUGCUUUCUGUGUUUAUAUUUGUGAGAAAGAUUAAUCAGCAGGCCUGUCUGCUGUGAACAUGUAGGACAGGUGAAAUUAAAGGCCCUGUGUGUCAGAAUCGGGGCCUGGGUAAAAUGCAAAUCCCUCAGAAAUAGCUGUUUUAUAAUGUAAAAUAGUCUCUUGUACACUCCUAAUGUAAGAUAUGUUGAUUGUUAUUGUAAUACCGUGUUGUAUGACUAAUGGAAGAUUGUAGUGGUGGACUGCUGAAGUUACCCCUGUCUAUUUUUAAGGCUAAUAAAUAAAAUGUUUUUAUAUCGG